GAACAACCUGUCUGUAAUAUUCAAGAACAAUUUGAACUAAAUGGACUAUAUAAAAAGGGUGACAUCAUUUUAGGAGGUAUUUUUGAAAUAAGCUUUGAAGUGAUUAUGACUGACCUGUCUUUUAAGUUUAAACCUCAACAAUGGAAAUGUGAAAGAUUGGAGUUGUCUGUGUUUCAGUGGGCACAGACAAUGAUAUUUGCUAUUGAAGAAAUCAACAGGAAUGAGAACAUUCUUCCAAAUGUAACUCUGGGUUACAGAAUUUAUGACAACUGUGUGAAGCUGCCAGUGGCCCUGAGAGUAGCAGCUGCUCUCAUUAGUGGAAACACUGAAGUCGCUGGUGGAUCUGACUGUGAGGGGACUCCUCCUGUCAUUGCUAUCAUAGGGGACCCCGUGUCAACACAUUCAAUUGCAAUAUCAAGGAUGCUUAGUCUUUUCCAGAUACCUAUGGUGAGUUACUCUGCUUCCUGUUCCUGUUUAAGCAACAAACAAGAAUUUCCUACAUUCUUUAGAACAAUUCCCAGUGAUGCAUUUCAGGUGAAAGCAAUGAUAGAAAUCAUUAAACAUUACGGAUGGACAUGGGUUGGAGCUAUAGCAAGUGAUGAUGAUUAUGGACAAAAUGCAAUUAAAAUCUUUCAAGAAGACGUCAAAGCAUUUGGAUGUAUAGCCUUUUCGGAAACCAUCCAUAAAGUCAGUGAAAAGGAUGAUGUUCUUCAAAUAGUGAAAGUCAUUAAAAAUUCAUCUGCAAAAGUUAUUGUGGCAUUCUCAUCAGAGGUAGAAUUAAAAGCUCUGAUGGAUGAGAUUGUGCGACAAAACAUUACAGGCAGGCAGUGGAUUGCCAGUGAAGGGUGGAGCACCGCUGGUGCUUUAGUUAUUAAUAAGAACUAUGCAUCAUUUGGUGGCACAAUAGGGAUAGCAUUUCGGAGAGGAAAAAUCCAAGGUCUGCAAGAUUUUCUUCUCCAGAUUCAUCUUGAUUUUGAUCCCAAAAACAAUUUAGUGGUACAGUUUUGGGAAACUAUCUUUCAAUGUAAAUUUGAAGAAAAUAUCAAAGAAAAUAUGUCAAAUCGUUCACUUAAUGUCAAAUUAUGUUCUGGACAUGAAGAUGUUAAAAGCACUAAUACAGCUUAUAGUGAUGUAUCAGAUUUACGAAACGCCUAUAAUGUUUAUAAGGCAGUUUAUGCUGUAGCACAUGCCCUUGACAACAUGAUGAGGUGUGUGGAUAAAAAAGGACCAUUUGCUAACAAUGUCUGUGCAGAUAUUCAAAAUGUGCAGCCAUGGCAGCUGUUACAUUAUCUUAAAAAUAUUGAUUUCAUGAAUUCUUUGGGGGAAAGAGUGGCUUUUGAUGAAAAUGGUGAUGCCGUUGCUGUGUAUGACAUUGUAAACUGGCAACUGAAUGAUAAUGAAACUUUGAUUGCCAAAAAUGUUGGCAUUUUUAGUAAAUUAGGCACUGCUGGGCAGAUGGUCACACUCGCAGAGAAUGAAAUAUUUUGGAACUUUGAAUCUAAAAAAGUUCCUGAGUCUGUCUGCAGCAAAAGCUGUCAACCUGGCACACGAAAGGCCACAAGGAAAGGCCAGCCAAUCUGCUGUUUCGAUUGUAUACCAUGUGCAGACGGAGAAAUUAGCAGUGAAAUAAAUUCCCCUGAAUGUGUUCAAUGUGUUCCUGAAUUCUGGUCAAAUCAAGAAAAAACACAGUGCAUUUUAAAAGAUAUCGAGUUUCUUUCCUAUGAAGAUGCAAUGGGAAUUACAUUAACAACUGUUGCCUUGUCUGGUGCCUUUUUGUCUACUGGGGUUUUAACCAUUUUCAUACACUUCAGAAACAGCCCAGUGGUAAAAGCCAACAAUUCUGAACUGAGUUUCCUUUUGUUGGUAUCUUUAACGAUGUGUUUCCUUUGUGCAUUAUGCUUCAUUGGAAAACCUACAGAUCUGACUUGCAUGCUAAUGCAUGUGACAUUUGGAAUCAGCUUUGUACUUUGUAUUGCUUGCAUUCUUGUAAAAACUAUUGUUGUGAUUGUUGCUUUUAGAGCUACACUGCCUGGCAGUAAUAUGAUGAAGUGGUUCGGGACCACACAGCAGAGAGGCACUGUCUUCUUGUUCACUUUCAUCCAGUCAAUGAUAUGCACUGUUUGGCUGACCACUGCACCUCCCUUUCCAAAGAAAAAUACCCAAUAUCAAAAUUCUAAGAUUAUUUAUGAAUGCAAUAUAGGCUCACUGGUAGGCUUCAGCUGUUUACUAGGAUACAUAGGCAUGCUGGCUGCUACUUGCUUCCUGUUGGCUUUCCUGGCAAGAAACUUACCAGACACCUUUAAUGAAGCUAAAUUCAUCACAUUUAGCAUGUUGAUCUUUUGUGCGGUAUGGCUUACCUUCAUACCUGCAUAUAUCAGCUCUCCUGGAAAAUACACAGUAGCUGUUGAAAUAUUUGCAAUUUUAGCAUCUAGCUUUGGCCUCUUGUUUGCAAUAUUCAUCCCAAAAUGCUACAUUAUUCUACUGAAGCCAGAGAAAAAUACAAAAAAAGCAUUAUUAAGUCGAGGGCUUCCCAAAAAGUAG